AUGUCGAAUGUUCAAGAUCAGCUUGAGGGAUUGCCGGGAUAUGACAUUGUCAUGGAUUAUUGGAACGAAUAUGCCGAAGAACAUAUAAAAGUGGGCAAAAAUCCAUAUGAAGAUGGGAACGGAAAAAAGCUUCGGUUGCCAAAAAAUACUACUAAAGAAGAACAAAAGGUAUGGAAGAGGGUUCAAAGUACGGCCUGGGUCCACGAUAAGUGUUUCCUUGGAUCUUGUGGGGUUGGAAUGGAUUGCGGUUUGGGAUCGGUUCCGUUGGUGGUAGCCUUAUUUCCUGUGCUAGGACCCCUAGUGAUGUAUGGGAUGCAUGCCAGGCUUAUCCAUAUUGUUACCAAUGAGUAUAAACUCCCUAAUAAGCUAGUUUUACAAAUGGAAUCACAAAUUGCAUUUGAUUUACUUAUAAGUUUACCACCAGUCAUAGGAGGGUUUUUUGCUUGGUUAAACGGGUGUCUGACUAGAAAUGCAGGCAUGAUAUACAAUUACUUUGCCUAUGUAGCACUGGAAAGAGAAAAAAACAAACAACCUACCUACGUUGGCACUGGGGACAUUGAUUUACGAUCACCGGAACCAGCCUAUACCAACACUGCCAGACUGGUUAAUUAUCAGUCGGAAAAUGGCGCUAGUAAGAGCAAAUCUGCGUCUAAAAAGAAGUCUUCCACCAAUAAUACGAACAGAAUAAAGGUUGGAAGUCAACAGCAAUCGGGAUUUAUAUAG